AUGACUCCUACUGACAGUACGUCACCUUUGAGGAAUUCUUGGCCUGAUUCUGGUACUGAAGAGGCUCCACCUUUACCACCAAGAUCACACACUCCUGAUAAACGUGUCCAGUCUUUGCCUAAUGAUGCCCCACCAAACAUUCCAAAAAGAGGCCAAAAGAAAUCUUGUAAUGUUUCAGAAUGUGAUUUGAUUGCCUCAGCUACAAUAGAUGCUAAGGAUUUACGCGAUUCAGGGAUCAGCAUGAACGAAGCCGGUUCUACCUUGAACAAUUUCAAUACGCAAAAUUGCUACGAGGAUUACGAAUUGAGGCAGCAUCCGUCUGAAAUGAAUAUCAGCGGUAGUCCGCCUGACCAAAGGAAUUCGCAGGAAGAGCAUCCGCCCCCUAUACCGCCCAAAAUUGGGGGGAGUUUGAGCUCUAGCAUAGAUUUAGGAGGAAGUUUAGAACGUCCUUCUAGAUCCAAAGACCCUUUGGAUAUCCUCUCGUCUUCUGAAAAUUACUCGCAUCCAAAGAUACGUAAAGAAAGCGACGGAGACAAAUGA